AUGGUGGCGCUGAGAGUGAGGGAGGAGGAAAAGAUUUUCCUUCUUACCGGAGAAACAGACGCGGCGGCGGCGGCAUCGGGCCGGGCCGGGGGCGGCGGGAGGCGGCGGCAGCGCCAUGUCCGCGCUCUCGGGGCGGCGGCGGCGGGCGGGGCGAGGGCGGCGGGGGCCGCCGGGGCGGGCUCGGCCUGGAGGGGCGGGAAACGUGAGGGGGAAAGGGCGGGAACGGGAGGUGCCGCGCAUGCGCAGUGCGGGCGGCACCGGGGCGCCCCCUGUUGGAAGCGGGAAGCGGCGGGGCCUGGCUCUGAGUGGGGGGGGGCGGAACCGGGAACGGAACCGGGAACGGAACCGGGAACGGAAUCAGAACCGGGAUCGGAACCGGGGGGGGCCUCGGGCCGGUACCGACAUGAUUCGCUUCAUCCUGAUCCAGAACCGGCGGGCAAGACGCGCCUGGCCAAGUGGUACAUGCAGUUCGACGAUGACGAGAAGCAGAAGCUGAUCGAGGAGGUUCACGCCGUGGUCACCGUCCGGGACGCCAAGCACACCAACUUCGUCGAGUUCCGCAAUUUCAAGAUCAUUUAUUGAUGUUACG